CCGAUGACUUUAGAAGUUGAUAGAGACAACGGGUGUAGAGCGUCACUGCUCCAGUACACCUGCUACACUGGGAGAAGCAACACCGUGCUGAAUACAGAGUGAACACACCGAGCGAUAUCUUGUACUUCAGGGGAACAUUGAUUUCACUUCAGUCAGUAACUACUAAAGUAUCAAGACAUAGCUGGCAGGAUAUAUUUUGGAAAAGAAACGACUGAGACAAUAAAAUGAAUUUCAGCAUGCACAGAGACACGACGGUGGUUCUCCCCAGCAGUGAAACAGCGCUCUCUGAUGAACUUACCCUGACUGAUUCACCUGGUGGAAGGGUUAUCAUUAAAGACAUACAGCAAGACUCCCCUGUUGCAAGAGUUGGCACCCUGAAGAAAGGUGAUCAACUAAAUGCAGUAACAAUACAUUUUGACAAUCUAAACAGUAAAGAGGUUGGCGAAAUAUUGAAAUAUACAGAACCAUACAAAACAAGUCUAAAAUUGAAUACAAACGAUGAACUCAGAACUCCAGCUUAUGGAUACAAACGUUCUUACAUGGGAAGCAAUGAUCAAACUUACUUAAAGUUGUACAACAGCAAGAUCAAGCCCCAUCUUAAACUAGCAAAACCAAGUCUGGAAGCACGUAGUCUGAUUGUUAAUGGAAUGGCACCUUCAAUUGAUGGAAGGAGUCCCAAGAUUUCUUCUGAAUUUGACACGAACCUAAAGGCUUCGCCAACUAUUGGUUUGAACACCCCUAGUUUUGAUAUCAAUGGUCCACAUGGUAAAAUACAAAUGCCUGAUGUUAAAGCUUCAACACCGAAUGUUGAAUCACCAAGAGGGGCCAUUAAGAUGCCAGGCAUGGACUUCAAAGGUGCAGGUUUUGAAAUGCCAUCAGCACAUUUAUCUGGGAUUGAGUCUACAUCUCCGAAAGGGGGUUUUGAUGGCAAUCUGCCAAGCGCAGAACUACAUGCACCAAAGUUUCAAAUGUCAUCACCCGAUUUACAUGGACCAAAUGUUUCAGCAUUGGACACAAACCUGAACUUUAAAGCACCUAAUGUCAAAGAUGUCGGCCUCAAUUUAUCGUCACCAAAUAUAGAUCUUGAAGCUCCAAACUUUCAAACUUCAAACAUUGAUGUAAGUGCUCCGAAGGUUGGUGCAGGAAUAAGGAUCCCGAAAUUUAAAAAACCUGCAUUUUCACUCACUGGAAAUGAUCCAAAAGGGCCUGAACUAGAUUUGUCUAUACCAGGGGUGAAGACAGAUAUAAAGACUCCUGAUAUGGAUCUCAAUGGAGGAGUAGAUCUCCCUGAUGCAACGGGGAAUUGGAAAAUGCCGAAAAUGCCCUCCUUUGGAUUAUCUGGACCCAAAGGACCAGAUGUGGAAUUUGAUGGUUCAUUAAAAGCACCCGGUGGUCAGAUAGAUCUUUCUGCUCCUGACAUUAAGGGGGAUAUCAAAGGUCCCAGCCUCGAUCUCAAAGGCCCAAAUAUGGACAUCAAUGCUCCAAGAGUUAAUAUGCCUGAUGCAAAUGGAACAUUAAAAAUGCCAAAUAUAAAGAUGCCUUCAUUUGGAUUUUCUGGGCCCAAAGGACCAGGUGUGGAUUUUGAUGGUUCAGUAAAAGCACCCAGUGUUGAUGUGUCAAGUCCAAAUAUUAAGGGAAAUUUUCAAUCUCCAGAUAUUGAUUUGAAACUUCCAAAAGGAGAAUUAGAUGCAAACUUGCCAGAUGCAGAACUUAAUGGAGGAAAGUUUAAGUUACCAGGAGUAAAAUGGCCUGCCAAUAAAUUGUCAUUGUCAGGUCCUGAUAAUGGACUGAAGCUACCAAAAGGUCACGUAGAUCUUUCUGCUCCAAACCUUACGGGAGAUAUCAAAGGUCCGAGCCUCGGUCUCAAAGGACCAAAUGUUGACCUUAAUGCUCCGAGUGUUGGCAUUCCUGAUGCAAAGACAAAGUUUAAAAUGCCAAGUUUACCUAUGACUUCCUUUGGUAUGUCAGGACCAAAAGUCCCUGAUCUGAAUGUUGAUGGUUCUGUGAAAGCCCCUAGUAUUGACAUGUCGGCUCCAAAUAUUAAAGGAAAUUUUGAAUCUUCAGAUGUGGACAUAAAACUUCCAAAGGGCGACCUUGAUAUCAACAUGCCCUAUGGUGACAUUAAGAAACCAAAAUUUAAAAUGCCAAAAUUUAACAUGCCAAGCACAAAUAUGUCCAUUCCAGACACCAGCCUAAAUUUAAAAGCACCGACAGUGACAGGCGAUUUUGAUGCAAAACUGAAGAAACCCAACUUAGACAUUUCUGGAAUUAAGGGACCUGAUAUGAAUUUAGGCGGUAAUCUUAAAAUUCCAGAUGCUGAUAUUUCAUCUCCUGACCUUAAAGCGGGAUUUGGAUCUGCUGGAAUAGGUUUUCAAAAGCCCAAAAUCAAAGCAGAUUACGAUAUGCCUGACAUGAACCUUGAUGUUCCUGACGUAAAACUGAAAGGCAAAGGCAUAAAGAAACCUUCACUCAAUAUGUCCGCAGGAAAGAUUUCAGUUCCUGAUGGGAACCUAAACUUAGCAGCUCCAAAUGUAGAUCUCGCUGCCCCAAAAUUACAAGGAGAUUUCAAAGGGCCAAACAUUGAUAUAAAAUCUCCAAAGAUCGAUGGCAGUGGUGCAGAAGGAAAAUUUAAGUUCCCAAAAUUUAAAAAACCUAAUUUUACCCUCAACAGAAAGAAACCUAAACUGGACGUGUCUGUGCCAAAUGUAAAGGCAGAUAUAAAGUCUCCUGAUGUGGACCUUGACGGAGGAGUAGAUCUCCCUGAAGCAAAGGGGAAAUGGAAAGCGCCAAGCUUACAUCUGCCCUCCUUUGGAGGAUUUGGACCCAAAGGACCAGAUGGGGAUUUUGAUGGUUCAUUUAAAGCACCCGGUGUUGAUGUGUCAGCCCCAAAUCUUAAGGGGAAUUUUGAAUCUCCAGAUAUUGAUUUGAAACUUCCAAAAGGAGAAUUAGAUACAAACUUGCCAGAUGCAGAACUUAAUGGAGGAAAGUUUAAGUUGCCAGGUGUAAAGUGGCCACAUAAUAAACUGUCAUUAUCAGGUCCUGAUAAAGAUCUGAAGCUACCAAAAGGUCAGAUAGAUCUUUCUGCUCCUGACAUCCGGGGGGGCAUCAAAGGUCCAGGCCUCGAUGUCAAAGGCCCAAAUAUUGACCUCAAUGCUCCAAGCAUUGAUGUUCCUGAUGCAAAGGCAAGGUUCAAAAUGCCAAAUUUACAUAUGCCUUCCUUUGGUCUGGCAGGACCAAAAGCACCAGGGCUGGAUGGUUCUGUGAAAGUCCCCGAUAUUGACGUGUCAGGUCCAAAGAUUAAAGGGAAUUUUGAGCCCCCAAAUGUUGACCUAAAUAUUCCAAAGGGGGACCUUGAUAUCAACAUGCCCAGUGCAGAAAUUAAGAAACCAAAAUUUACAAUGCCUAACUUUAGCAUGCCAAGUGCAAACUUGUCAACUCCAGACACCAGCUUGAAUUUAAAAGCACCAGUGGUGACAGGUGAUUUUGAUGCAAAAUUGAAUAAACCUAACUUAGACAUUCCUAGAAUUAAGGGACCUGAUAUGAACUUUGGUGGUAAUCUUAAAAUUCCGGAUGCUGACGUUAAAGCGGGAUUCGGAACUGCUGGAAUAGAUUUUAAAAAGCCCAAAAUCAAUGCAGAUUACGAUAUGCCUGACAUGAACCUUGAUGUCCCUGACGUAAAACUGAAAGGCAAAGGCAUAAAGAAACCUUCACUCAACAUGUCUGCAGGAAAGAUUUCAGCUCCAGAUGUGGACCUAAACUUAGCAGCACCAAAUGUGGACCUUGCUUCCCCAAAAUUACAAGGUGAUUUCAAAGGGCCAAACAUUGACUUAAAUGCUCCGAAGGUGGAUGGCAUUGAUGCAGACGGAAAUUUUAAGCUCCCAAAAUUAACAAAACCUGCUUUUUCACUAUCUGGAAAUAAACCAAAAGUGCCUGAUCUGAAUCUGUCUGUGCCAGAUGUGAAGGCAGAUAUAAAGACUCCUGAUAUGGACCUUAAUGGAGGAGUGGAUCUCCCGGAAGCAAAGGGGAAAUGGAAAAUGCCGAAGUUGCAUCUGCCCUCCUUUGGAGUAUCUGGACCCAAAGGACCAGAUGUGGAUUUUGAUGGCUCAAUAAAAACUCCUGGUAUUGAUGUGUCAGCUCCAAAUCUUAAGGGGAAUUUUGACUCUCCAGAUGUUGACUUGAAAUUUCCAAAGGGAAAAAUUGAUGCAAACUUGCCAGAAACAGAACUUACAGGAGGGAAGUUUAAGUUACCAGGAGUAAAUUGGCCAAGUAGUAAAUUGUCAUUGUCAGGUCCUGAAAAAGAAUUGAACCUACCAAAAGGUCAGGUAGAUUUUUCUGCUCCUGACAUUAAGGGGGAUAUUAAAGGUCCCGGUCUCGAUCUCAAAGGCCCAAAUAUGGACAUCAAUGCUCCAAGUGUUAAUAUGCCUGAUGCAAAUGGAAAAUUCAAAAUGCCAAAUUUAACGAUGCCUUCAUUUGGGUUUUCUGGACCCAAAGGACCAGGUGUGGAUUUUGAUGGUUCAGUAAAAGCACCCAGUGUUGACGUGUCUGCUCCAAAUCUUAAGGGGAAUUUUGAAUCUCCAAAUGUUGAUUUGAAACUUCCAAAGGGAAAAAUUGAUGCAAAUUUGCCAGAAGCAGAACUUAAAGGAGGGAAGUUUAAGUUACCAGGAGUAAAUUGGCCAGGUAAUAAAUUGCCAUUGUCAGGACCUGAUAAUGGACUGAACCUACCGAAUGGGCAGGUAGAUCUUUCUGGUCCUGACAUUCAAGGAGAUAUCAGAGGUCCCAGCAUUGAUGUGAAAGCACCACAUUUGAGUGUUUCUGAACCAAAAUCGAAGUUUCAAAUGCCAAAGGUCGAAUUGCCAUCCAUCCGAAUGUCUGGACCUAAAACACCAGAUCUGGGUGUUAAUUCUUCAGUAAAAAUGCCUAGCGUUGAUGUGGCAGGUCCUUCUAUUAAGGGGAAUUAUAAAUCCCCUGACUUUGGGAUCGAUGUUCCUAAUGUGUCUCCGGGAAAUGUGGACCUCAAUCUACCAACAGGAAAUAUAAAAGGAGGUGCAGGUAUUGACAUGUCUGGAUUAAACAAAAGAAACAUGCAGGGUGCAAACAUAGGUGUUAAAGAUACAAAGUUCAGUGUUAGUUCUCCAAAUCUGAAUGGCGGAUUUCGUGAAGUUGGUGUUGACGUGAACUCCCCAAAUCCUUCUGCUCAACUGUAUUCUCCCAAAUUAAAAGUAAGCACAGAUGAAAAUAUCAACAUGCAGAAUAAUUUUUCAAGAGAAACAUUUAAAUUAAGAUCAUCCUCUGCAUCUGAUCUAGAUGAUGUAACUGCACAAGGAAAAUACAAUACCAAUUUACAACCAAGAACAUCUAGUUCCAUAAAUGUCAAUGAUCCCUCCGUGAGUAAAAAAAAUAAGUUCAAGUUGUCAAAAUUAUUCAAUUUUAAUCAUAAAUCAAAGGGAUCAGUUGAUUUCACAAAGUCUCAGGCAGCAAAAUCACCUGGAACAUUUCAACCAAACUCUCUAUUCCCACAGGUUGAGUUUGCUGUGUCUAAAGAUUGACGAUAAAUUGCAUUUGCUGCUAUUAAGACAUGAUUUAUUCCAGCAACAGAUAUACAAUUCACCUAAAUUAGCCUCAAUAAAUAUAAAUAAUCAUUGGUGUAUUUCUACAAUAACAUUUUAUUUGGCCUUAUUUAGUAAAAACAAAAAGAAUAUUAAAUUCAAAAUGGCUGGCCCAAUGCAGUAAAUUGGGCUACUCUGGAAUACUAUAUUUUUAUGGAUACACAUUUAAAGACAUUUAAGAUUGUCGAGGCUAGUAGACCUGCUUCCCCACUGCAAAAAUAAGUCCGGGUUCAAACCUGACCUUCACUGCUGACUGUGUAGACUUUGCAAGUUUCCUCCAGGGGCUCAGGUUUCCUCCCACAUCCAAAGACGUGUAGGUUGGGUAGAUCGAUUGGUCCUUUUAUAUUUUCCCCAGAGUGUAGGUGAGCGAGUUGAUGGGAAUGUGCAAGAAUAAAA